ACAGAAGAUUUCGAAGGUGAGAGCCCAGGGUUGAAUGGGACCCACUAUGCCGCCCAGUAAGAAGGCCAGGAGCCAGAACAACGGAUUAGUAGCCACCCAGGGUCUGAGUCCUUUCUACAGGGAGGCGGAGGCAACAGACCUGUCCUUGUCCCUGUCGGCCUCCUUCUCCAAGGCCGAGGACGAGGAGCUCACCAGCCUCUCCUGGCUCCACGAGAGCACCAACCUUCUCAACAGCUUCUCUCACUCGGGGCUCCGCUCCGUCUCCCCCCUGCAAGAUCCUGAUGGUCACCCCCUACCCCCCCUCUCCCCUUCCUCCUCCUCCCCCUCCCCCGAUCCAUGUGACUCCUCUUCCUACGACAUGGCCACGGGAGCCAAUAGGAAGCCCCCUUAUUCUUUCAGCUGCCUAAUCUUCAUGGCAAUAGAGGAUGCGCCAUCCAAGAGGCUGCCGGUGAAAGAUAUCUAUGGUUGGAUCCUGGAGCAUUUCCCCUAUUUUGCUAGCGCCCCUACUGGCUGGAAGAACUCGGUGCGCCAUAAUCUGUCGCUCAAUAAGUGUUUCAAGAAGGUGGACAAGGACAGGAGUCAGAGUAUAGGUAAAGGCUCGCUGUGGUCCAUAGAUCCAGAGUACAGACACAACCUGAUCCAGGCCUUGAAGAAGACCCCGUACCACCCCUACUCGCCGGGACUGGUUACCCCCUUCACCUCUUCUCUCACCUCUCCUCAGGCAUAUCACAGUCCUCUACUUUGGCCAAGGAGCCCCUUCUUCAGAAAGAAUGGAGUUCUCUUACAAGUUUCGCAAGGCGUGAUCCAAAAUGGGGCCUGCGUCAGGAGUCAUUGUCUGUUUCCUGUCAUCCGACCCCUACCCAUUAGCCCCGUGGGCAGAAGGACCACUGCGAUAAGGUCAGCUCUGGGAGACUACCUGACCCCCUGUGACACCUCCCACCCUCCCAGCGACGACCUCCAGGAGGACCACAACUACAGCAAUGCCAAAUCCCCCAGCAUGCCCUGUUCUUCCCAAGGGCCCUCCGUGUCCGACGAAGACGAUGAAAUCAUUGCAGUGGAGGUGGGAGUCCACCGAGGGGUCAAAUCCGAACCUAAAGAAGUCCCACUGGACUCUGCCUCUGUCUCCUUCCUAUCCCAGCAUGCCCGGCGACGGGGACUGCCCUGGACCAAAAACCGCCUGCGGGCCCUGGGUGACACACUGCCGCUGAAGAAGCGCCGUUCGGCAGCAUCGGCAGAGAAGCCGCCGUUGGAGAGCGAUGAUGAGGAGAUGAAGGAGGCGGCUGGGUCGUUGCUCCACCUGGCGGGAGUCAGGGCGUGCCUCAACAACAUCACAAACCGGGCCAAGGCUGCUCAGAAAGAGAAGGAGCAGAAAGAGGCCCUCAGAAACUAACUAAUGCCAGGCCAUAGAGAGGCCUACACAUCAGGCCUGUACACCUGGCCUACACACCUGUCCAGCACACCUGGCCUACACACAUAUCGCCAUGGCCUAGAAAGUAAUAGCUGAGACACGCCACAAAGACCAACGGCUAAAAGCAGCAUUACAAGGUGUGUUAACAAUCACCUGCUGGGUGUUGACAAAUGGUGGAGAUUCAACAUGUAGAAACGUUGUGAAAUGAACAGAAAAGGACAGCAGAUAUUCUGGUCAGAUUAGAUAGGAAGGACACCAGCUGCUUCUAACCAUUGGUGGUGUGUUGUGUCUCUGAUGCCUGAUUCCCACUAUUGACCCAAACUAAAGCCUAUACUGUGCUGGCUCUGAACAUUUAUUUUCAGUGUCCUUUCCAGCAUGGUUCCAGCAGCAACUAUGGUGGAUGAGGGUAACCAGGCCAGGAAGCCCCAGUACAUCUCGGCUUGGCUCAGCUCAACUUUGGCUUCCAUAGUGUGAAAAGGGUAUAUGUUCAGGCCUGAGCACAGAGUCCUUCAGUAGGACGACACACCAGGUCUACAUACUGACCUAUCAACCACCAACGGGCCAAGACAAAGAACUCUAUUCAAGCAUUAGUCUCAAUAGACAUUACUUCAUCUAUCUCUCUCACUCUAUCUCUCUCUAGCUCUCUUUCUCUCCUCCAGGGGCAUUAGGAGCAUCCUACUUAUUUGUGGCAAUAUCAGAAAUCCAUGUUUUCCUAUACGUUUCCUAUACGUUUCCUAUACGUUUCCUAUAUGUUUCCUAUACGUUUCCUAUACGUUUCAUAUAUGUUUCCUAUACGUUUCCUAUAUGUUUCCUAUACGUUUCCUAAACGUUUCCUAUAUGUUUCCUAUACGUUUCCUAUAUGUUUCCUAUACGUUUCAUAUAUGUUUCCUAUACUUUUCCUAUAUGUUUCCUAUACGUUUCCUAUACGUUUCCUAUAUGUUUCCUAUAUGUUUCCUAUACGUUUCCUAUAUGUUUCCUAUACGUUGCCUAUACGUUUCCUAUAUGUUUCAAUGCUAACUCUGAUGGGUAAUUGAUUCUCAUGUGUUUUUAUGUUGUGUAAAGGGAUGCAAGCCAUAGAAAAAUAUGUUUUGUCACUAAUUAGGGAAAAACAUAGUAGAAAAUGUCAUGUUUGAGGAGACUAGCUCACCGUUUUGUGUCAUCUGUAAGUGUCAGAGGUUACAUCUGUAUCUGUAGUAAAUGUCCAGUAAUGUAAGCAAUGUAAGCAAGGAAGUUGAGCCAAUAAUACUUACAGUUUUAAAACAGUUAAAACCUGCUGCUCACACAUCCUAUGCCCAUGAGCACAACAUGUAAGACUGUGCCAAAGACAAGCGACCAGGUUGCCUGAUGUAGCCAAUCUGCUUACAAAGACAAAUGUAAAGGCAUAGCAACAUCAUAUAUGGUCAUGUAUGGCUCAGUUGGUGUAGCACGGCUGUUGCACCACCUAGGGUGGUCAAUUCAAUACCCGUGGCUACCCGCAUAAAUUGUGUUCAUGCAUGACUGUAAGUUGCUUUGGAUAAAAGCAUCUGCUCAAUGGCAAUGAAUAUAGUAUUACAUCAGAAGAUCUUCAGAGAAGAGACAGGAGAAUACCGUAAAUGUCUAAACAAUUGUAAAAAUCCGUUCUUAGAGAAUCACGCAUGCACUUAAUUGCCAUUCAUUACAGCUAUUUCUAUUACCAAUAGUAAAGACAUCAUGGAGAACAGGCCACGAUUCCUUUAAGAGCACUUUUUAAUAUGUAAGGAUAAUUAGAACUUUACUGUUACAAUGUUUUUGUUGUCAUGGUGACGACUUAGUGCCGGGUCAGAGGCAAUAUAUCUCCUCCAUCUUGUGCUUGUUGCUCAUCUGCAUCUGAAAUUGCACCCUAUUCCCUUUAUAGUGCACUACCUUGUCCAGAGCGUGAUGGGCUCUGGCCAAAAGUAGUGCACUAUAUAGGGAAUAGGAUGCCAUUUCAGAAACAGUUUCACUUAGACUAUGUCCCUCCAACUCUUCCAGAAUUUCUCUUCUAUUAAAAAGUGAAUGUCAGUUUAAAUAUA